AUGGUAGUGAUCGUAGUAUUGUCGGAUUUUCGUGCUAGGUAAAGUAUAUAAUAAUAAUAUGUGAUCAAAUCACUGCCAGUGAUGGUGGUCAUUGAAUAUGCGUAUCACAAGUUACCACCGUACCCGGUAAUUUCGUUUAGACGUGUUAUGCGCACAACCAUUGCAUAGAAGUGGAAUCAAACCGGUAAAUUCACCGGCGCGAAGUUACAUUAUAUUAUAACGAUAUUGUUCUGGUAGAUUUAUUGUAAUAACGCGGAAGCCGGAAAGGGAGUAUGGGUAGGUAUAAAUAUCAUAUAUAUUAUUGUAUAAAUAACAACAAUAAUUCUCGGAAUUGUCGGGUUAUCGUGAUCGGGUAUCCUCCGUUGCGUCCGUCGAGAUUCUCUAAAACAUUACACAAUACACUACCGUGCGUAACACAAUAAAAUAAUAAUAUCGUUUAUAUUAUUGUUAUACAAGAGUACCUACACGUGUUUCGAAGGGUUUGACGAGCGGGUAAAACGAUUGAAUCGCUGUUUGUUUUGUUCUGUUCAAGCCGUCGCGUUGUAAAUUUUGUAAUGUUUCCGUGGGCCUAUUAUAUUUUCUAUACGCGUACGUUGCAGCAGCAAUCGUAUAUCGGUAGGUAAUAACAGUAAUUGUAGUGCUCCCCAUUUAGAAUCUUCAAACAAAGUCCGUGUGUAUAUCAGAACACUUAUAUACACAUAAUUGCUCACGUGUAAUUAUCCGCGGAUACGCGUGCAGGUAUUUGUGUAUUUUUGGAAAGUAAUGUUCUGAGUAGGUGAAUUCGGAAACCCUGCAUACAAUCGUGCAGCUACCUAUAUAGUAUUCUGACAUUUUCCCAAUUACUACUCGUGAAAGACCUCAACUUAUAUUUUCAAAGAGAACGUGCAUUUUAUUCAUUUUCGGUUGAAAACAAUUAACAUUCAAUCAUUAAAAUGGCCUAUUUAAGGUUCAUUCGAGGGAGUAUAGGGGAGUAAUUAUAGUUCAGGGAGGAAAUAUUUUGUCGCAAGAAUACUGCACGUACAGAACUUUUUUUUGUUUAAUUAAAUAACACUAUACUUUAUUAUUAUUAAAAAAUCGUAAUAAUAAGUAUACUUUUGGCUAGCCGAAGAAAUAGAAAUGGCGGUCUGGAACAAUAUAUCAAAAUUGAAGAACUCAAGUUCAAAAGAGUGUCUCAAUUUAAGUAUCUAGGGUCGAUGAUAACGGAGGAUAACGACAUCAAGACAGAGGUGCCAACAAGGAUACAACUAGCGAAUAGAGGAUAUUAUGGACUCGAAAAAGUCUUGNUCGUCACAAUUUUCGUUAUCAUUUAUAUUUGAUAAUUAUAUAGAAAUAACCAUUAAUCAUAUAUCAGAUAUUACGCCAUUUACUUUCUCGUUUUGGCCCGAUAUACGAUAGGCAAACGAAUGAAUGGAGAAAACUUCAUAACGUGGAACUCCAAGGACUUUUCCAGAGGCCGAAUAUAGUUAGAGAGAUCGCCAAGUGGAAGCUAAGUUGGGCAGGACAUGAUUGGCGCAAACAGGGUACUUUGGUAAAAUGGGUGAUCGAGGAAGAGCCUAAUGGAAAAAGACCACUAGAAAGACCUAAGCUAAGAUGGGAAGAUGGUGUGAAGAGAGAAGUGGAAAAUAUAGAGCCUGGUGUCAAAUUGAGAGAAGUAGCGGAGGACAGGGAUAGGUGGCAAAGUUUAGCGUUUUCAGGAUGGUCUUAA